AUGAAGUUUUACUCCCGCUAUGUCAUUUAUACUGCUGGUGACUUGAUCCAAUCGGCCAAUAAUCAUUCUCCAGUAUUUGCACCAAGCAAUCGAUCAAGCAGUAUUUCCAGUGCAUUAUUCGUGGAGGACUUUAUAUCUGUUCAAAAAGAGGAGUCUCAGAAAAUUUUGGAAAAACGACACUGUCCCUCUGGACGGUUAUCGCCCUAUUUGACAAUUUUGAAUCAGUACGCCUUAGUGAAUAAAUCUGAGCCCCAAAUCAUUACGACUGAACCCAUUCCAGUUAUAUAUUUUGAUACACGAGUUCUAUGGCCGAAGUUUGAGAAAUCCCUUCCAACGACCUGUCCCUACCGUUGUAUAUAUACGAAUCGAUCGGAGGAGGCCACCAAUGCUUCAAUUGCCGUGUUUACCCGCGGCCCAACCUCGCAAAUGGCGACCACGUUUGCAGACGCUUUGUGGGCUUUUGACAGCGAUGAAUCGCCUCUUCGAAUGCCGUCGUUCUCAAUAUUUCUGACAAGCCACCCCAGCUCCACGGUCCCCAAACCCUACGGCAUGUAUUGGGCCAAUACCCAGCCCGAGUGCGUCAUGCCAGCCAAUGAGAGGGCACGCAUGCGCAGCCACGAGGACGCCAGACGCUGGUUGCCCCCGGACAUGGCCACGAAGACCCGUCUCGUUGCAUGGCUCGUCUCCAACAUGUACGCGGUGAAUCAGCGAAAGCUCUUUGUUGCAAAACUCCGACGCUGGGUCGCUGUAGACAUUUAUGGUUACAGGAGGUUGGCCUGUCCAGAACCCAAUUGCCUUGAACAACUGGGCAAACGCUACAAAUUCUACCUGGCCAUCGAAAAUUCAAAUUGUCGAGCUUACAUAACGGAGAAGUUGUUUAAAAACGCAUUGAGACACAACAUGGUCCCCAUAGUGAUGGGCGGGAGUCCAGACGACUACUUUAACUUGGCACCGCCGAACUCCUACAUUCACGUGGACGACUUCGCUUCUCCAGGCCACUUAGCCGCUUACCUUCGGUACUUGGACCGUAACGACACCGCCUACGCGUCGUACUUUGCUUGGAAGGGUCUUGGUACCAUUAGGAAAGCACCCAACACAUUCUGCCGGCUGUGCGCGCUGUACCACACCACAUUCCGUCGGUCGAAGCCAGUGCAUUUGGGCGAUUUCGAGGUGCACCUCAAUCCCUGGAAUCUCUGUAUCAGUCCUGGAAGGUGGCCGAGUGAUUUUGCUUCAAAUAGGAUAUCUUUUACGCCGUUUUUAUUAGUGCUGAUCUUGCUUUCUUCAUGUUACUCAUUUGUUGUGUCUCCGCUCAACCUGUAG